AUGGCUAGAAAGAAUAUCAAAUGUAACAUUGGCAAUGGUAACACCACCUCUUUUUGGUUUGAUAAUUGGCACCCCGAACGGCCCCUUGUUUGCAUCUAUAGGGAAAGGAUUAUUUAUGAUGCAUGGAUUACUAAGGAUGCUAAGGUGAGUUCUGUGAUUGAUGGAUGCAAUUGGAAGUGGCCAAGUGCCAAUUCUUGUGCUCUUAUUAACAUGAGGAAUUCUGUGAAUUUCACACCUUCUAAUGUUAACAACAAGAUUUUUUGGAUACCCUCACCUUCGGGGGAUUUCUCUACCAAAUCAGCUUGGGAGCCUAUUAGAGGAAGAAGAGCAAAACUUGAGUGGUGUGACUUGAAAAACAGAGAACUCCUUCUUGUUGCUGAGGACGUGGAAAGUGAUGCACUAGAUAUGCUCACUCUCAACAAGCAUCAUACUGGUCUUAAGGUUAUCUCUGAAGAACAUGGCCUAACUCUCAAUAAAGUCAAAGUAGAAAUGCUUGGCACUGUAAAAAAGCCUGCUACAAGUGACUUCAUUGCCAUGGACACUGGGAAUUGCACAAUUUAUCUUGCUAAGGUGUGUGAUAAUUGGCACCCAAGAGACCCUUUUAGGGAUAGAUAUGGCAGCCGCAUUGUGUAUGAUUCGUGGCUACAUCAUCUUGCUAAGGUGUGUGAGAUUCAGGAUGGGACAAGGUGGAGAUGGCCAACGGCUAAUUCUUGGGCUUUGAUGGACAUGAAGGAUUCUAUCGAUUUUGAUCCAAAGGAGGGCGAGGACGUGGUUGUUUGGAAGCCUAAUGCAUCCGGGAUGCAGCUGGCUUUGUUGGUCCAACCACUGGCCCUUCCUUGUCCAUCUGAGCCCGUACAGGUGUAUAGCAAGGUUAUAUCCAAUAGGAACUAUGUGGCUAAGGACAUAAAUUUUGGAGUUGGAGUUCGGGCCGCAUUGUUGCAAGGUGUAUCCGAGGUUGCAGAAGCUGUGAAAGUUACAAUGGGAUCUAAGAGGGGAUCUGGGGUCACAAAGGAUGGUGUCACUGUGGCAAAAAACGUUAAAAUCAAAGACAAGGCCAAGAAUGUUGGUGCAGAUCUUGUAAAGCAGGUCGCGAGUGCAACUAAUACAGCCGCUGGAGAUGGUACAACUUGUGCAACUGUCUUGACUCAGGCAAUACUAACAGAAGGAUGCAAAUUUGUAGCCGCUGGUGUAAAUGUGAUGGAUUUACGCAGUGGUAUUAACAUUGCAGUUGAUGCAGUCAUAUCUGACUUAAAAGGCAAAGCGCAAAUGAUUAGUACCCCAGAAGAGAUUACACAGGUUGCCACUAUCUCUGCAAAUGGUGAAUGUGAGAUUGGAGAAUUGAUAGCAAGAGCAAUGGAAAAAGUUGGAAAGGAAGGAGUGAUUACUGUUGCUGAUGGAAAUACUUUGGAUAACGAGUUGGAAGUGGUGGAAGGAAUGAAGCUCGGAAGAGGCUAUAUAUCUCCAUAUUUUAUUACUGAUCAAAAGACACAGAAAUGUGAACUUGAAAAUCCGUACAUUCUCAUUUGUGACAAGAAGAUAUCAGAUAUGAACUCACUUGUGAGAAUAUUGGAGCUGGCUCUAAAUAAAAAUAGAGAACUCCUUGUUGUGGCUGAGGAUGUGGAAAGUGAUGCACUAGCUAUGCUCAUUCUCAACAGGCAUCAUGCUGGUGUUAAGGUUUGUGCUAUCAAAGCUCCUGGUUUUGGGGAGAACAGACGAGCAAAUCUAGAUGAUCUCGCUAUUCUAACUGGUGGAGAGGUUAUCUCUGAAGAUCGUGGUCUAACUCUCGAUAAAGUCAAAGUAGAAAUGCUUGGCACUGCAAAAAAGGUCACUGUCUCCGUUGAUGACGCUAUCAUUCUACAUGGUGGUGGGGAUAAGAAGUUGAUCGAAGAGAGAUGCGAGCAGCUGAGGACGGCCAUGGAGAAGAGUGAUGCCAUGUUUGACAGGGAAAAAGCACAAGAACGACUUUCAAAGCUAUCUGGUGGUGUUGCCGUUUUUAAGGUUGGAGGGGCGAGUGAAGCAGAAGUUGGAGAGAGAAAAGACAGGGUCACAGAUGCUCUAAAUGCUACAAGAGCAGCAGUAGAAGAGGGUAUUGUACCCGGUGGUGGUGUUGCUCUCUUGUAUGCAACCAAGUCUCUGGAGAACCUUCAAACUCAAAAUGAAGACCAGAAAAGAGGCAUCCAGAUAAUUCAGAAUGCUCUUAAGGCUCCUACUUAUAUAAUAGCUUCAAAUGCUGGUUUCGAUGGUUCAGUUGUUGUUGGCAAAUUAUUGGACCAAGAUGAUCUUAAUGUGGGCUUUGAUGCUGCUAAAGGUUCAUACAUCAACAUGGUGAAAGCCGGAAUCAUUGAUCCUCUUAAAGUUAUUAGAACUGCCUUAGUAGAUGCUGCCAGUGUAUCGCUGCUGUUGACGACAACUGAAGCAGCAGUCAUGGAGAAUCCUGAUGACAAAAAUAAGCUUCCAAAUCGUAUGCCAGCAAUGGAUGACAUGGACUAUUGAUUACAAGUGUACAAGUUUCGAAAGGAACGAUUUUAACAUCAAAUGUAACAUUACUGAGGCAUUGAUACCCGGAUUCAAGAUUAUGACACAGGCUGAAUUACUUGCAGAGGUUUGAAUUUUGACAGAUGAAAGGGAGAAAAAUGUGUUCAAGUACAAUUUGGAAUUCUUAUGGUGAAGUAUGGUUUAGAGUUAGACAAGAACAUCGUAAUUGUAAAACAAAUCACAAAUAAAACUGCCAUUCUGAAAUUGUGUAAACCUUACUAAUAUGUUUGGUCACUUUA